AUGACGGACCUCAUGGCCGACAAGACGGUCAGCCAGGCUGGCGUGGCCGUCGAGGAUGCGGACGACGACCACAUCGAUAAGCGCAACUCGGUGCACCAGCGGCUGCGCGCCAACAGCUCCAUCAUGCAGCUGAAGAAGCUCCUGGUUGCAAACCGCGGCGAGAUCCCCAUCCGCAUCUUCCGGACGGCGCACGAGCUGUCGCUGCACACGGUGGCCGUGUACAGCUACGAGGACCGGCUGAGCAUGCACCGCCAGAAGGCCGACGAGGCCUACGUCAUCGGCCGGCGUGGCCAGUACACGCCCGUCGGCGCGUAUCUGGCCGGCGACGAGAUCAUCAAGAUUGCGCUGCAGCACGAUGUCAACAUGAUCCAUCCGGGCUACGGCUUCCUGUCUGAGAACGCCGACUUCGCGCGCAACGUGGAGAAGGCCGGCCUGAUAUUUGUCGGCCCCACUCCCAGCACCAUCGACGCCCUCGGAGACAAGGUCUCUGCUCGCCGCCUCGCCAUCAAGUGCAGCGUCCCCGUCGUCCCAGGCACAUCAGACCCGGUGGAGAGGUUCGAGGAGGUCAAGGCCUUCACCGACCAGUAUGGGUUCCCCAUCAUCAUCAAGGCCGCCUUCGGCGGCGGUGGUCGUGGCAUGAGAGUGGUCCGCGAUCAGGAGAGCCUGAAGGACUCGUUCGAAAGGGCAACCUCCGAGGCCAAGUCUGCCUUUGGCAACGGCACCGUCUUCGUCGAGCGCUUCCUGGACAAGCCCAAGCACAUUGAGGUCCAGCUCCUGGGCGACAACCACGGCAACGUGGUCCACCUGUUCGAGCGCGACUGCUCCGUCCAGCGCCGCCACCAGAAGGUCGUCGAGAUUGCGCCUGCGAAGGAUCUCCCGCAAGAGACGCGCGAUGCCAUUCUCGCCGAUGCGGUCAAGCUGGCCAAGUCGGUCAACUACCGCAACGCCGGAACCGCCGAGUUCCUGGUCGAUCAGCAGAACAGAUACUAUUUCAUCGAGAUCAACCCUCGGAUCCAAGUCGAACACACCAUCACCGAAGAAAUCACUGGCAUCGAUAUUGUCGCAGCCCAGAUCCAGAUUGCCGCUGGUGCCACCCUGGCCCAACUUGGUCUCACUCAGGAUCGCAUCUCUACCCGCGGUUUUGCCAUCCAAUGCCGCAUCACGACCGAGGACCCUGCCAAGGGCUUCUCGCCCGACACUGGCAAGAUCGAGGUCUACCGCUCUGCUGGUGGCAACGGUGUGCGUCUGGACGGUGGCAACGGCUUUGCCGGCGCCGUCAUCACUCCCCACUAUGACUCCAUGUUGGUCAAGUGCACUUGCCACGGCUCAACCUACGAGAUUGCCCGGAGGAAAAUGCUCCGUGCUCUCGUCGAGUUCCGCAUUCGCGGUGUGAAGACCAACAUUCCCUUCCUGGCUUCUCUGCUCACUCACCCCGUGUUCAUCGACGGAACGUGCUGGACCACAUUCAUCGACGACACUCCUGAGCUCUUCGCCCUGGUGGGCAGCCAGAACCGUGCCCAGAAGCUUCUCUCUUACCUCGGUGACCUUGCUGUCAACGGCAGCCAGGUCAAGGGCCAGGUCGGCGAGCCAAAGUUCAAGGGCGACAUCCAGAUCCCCCAGCUCAAGACCCACGACGGCAAGACCCUCGAAGUCUCCCAGCCGUGCCAGAAGGGUUGGAGGAACAUCAUCGUCGAACAGGGACCCGAGGCCUUUGCCAAGGCCGUGCGCGCACACCAAGGAUGUCUUAUCAUGGACACCACCUGGCGUGAUGCCCACCAGUCUCUGCUGGCUACUCGGGUCAGAACCGUUGAUUUGCUCAACAUUGCCAAGGAGACCAGCCACGCCUACGCCAAUGCCUGGGCUCUUGAGUGCUGGGGUGGAGCUACCUUCGAUGUGGCCAUGCGCUUCCUCUACGAGGACCCUUGGGAUAGGCUGAGGCAGAUGAGGAAGCUUGUUCCGAACAUUCCAUUCCAGAUGCUGCUCAGAGGUGCCAACGGCGUCGCUUAUUCCUCGCUGCCGGACAACGCCAUCGAGCACUUUGUCGAGCAGGCCAAGAAGAACGGCGUCGACAUCUUCCGUGUCUUUGAUGCACUCAACGAUGUCGAGCAGCUCGAGGUUGGCAUCAAGGCUGUUUUAAAGGCCGGUGGUGUUGCUGAGGCCGCAAUUUGCUAUAGUGGAGACAUGCUGAACCCCAAGAAGAAGUACAACUUCGACUACUACAUGGACCUUGCCGACAAGAUCGUUAAGAUGGGUGCUCACGUCCUGGGCAUCAAGGACAUGGCUGGUGUUCUGAAGCCCAGAGCCGCGACGCAGCUGAUUGGCGCGAUUCGGGAGAAGUAUCCCGAUCUGCCUAUUCACGUGCACACGCACGACUCGGCCGGUACGGGCGUCGCUUCAAUGGUAGCUUGUGCUCAGGCGGGUGCCGACGCGGUCGACACUGCUAUUGACAGCCUGUCUGGCAUGACUUCUCAACCCAGCAUUGGCGCCGUCCUUGCGUCGCUGGAGGGCGGACCGCACGAUCCUGGGCUCGACGGCCAUGUCAUCCGUCACCUUGACGCCUACUGGGCUCAGCUCCGCCUGUUGUAUUCGCCCUUCGAGGCUGGACUCACUGGUCCCGAUCCCGAGGUCUACGAGCACGAGAUCCCGGGUGGCCAGCUCACCAACCUCAUUUUCCAGGCAUCUCAACAGGGCCUGGGUGAGAAGUGGGCCCACACGAAGAAGGCGUACGAGGAUGCCAACGACAUCCUGGGCGACAUUGUGAAGGUCACGCCGACGUCGAAGGUCGUGGGUGACCUUGCUCAGUUCAUGGUGUCAAACAACCUCAGCUACGACGACGUGCUCAGCAAAGCUCCGCAGCUCGACUUCCCCAGCUCGGUGCUAGAGUUCUUCGAGGGUCUCAUGGGCCAGCCCUACGGAGGUUUCCCCGAGCCGCUGCGCACGCAAGCUCUGCGUGAGCGUCGCAAGAUGGACAAGCGCCCCGGGUUGUACCUGGAGCCCGUCAACUUUGACAAGAUCCGCAAGGACCUCAAGGAGAGGUUCGGCGGUGCAAGCGAGACGGACAUUGCCAGCUACGUCAUGUACCCCAAGGUGUUUGAGGACUUCAAGAAGUUCCAGCAGAAGUACGGAGACCUGUCGGUGCUGCCGACUCGCUUCUUCUUGUCUCGGCCAGAAAUCGGCGAAGAAUUCCACGUCGAGCUGGAGAAGGGUAAGGUGCUGAUCCUCAAGCUCCUAGCGGUUGGACCGUUGUCGGAGCAGACGGGCCAGCGUGAGGUCUUCUACGAGAUGAAUGGCGAGGUCAGACAGGUCACGGUUGACGACAAGCACGCGGCCAUUGAAAACACCAGCCGGCCCAAGGCGGACAGCACCGACAGCAGCCAAGUGGGCUCGCCAAUGGCUGGUGUGGUCGUCGAGGUGCGCGUGCACGACGGUUCGGAUGUCAAGAAGGGCGACCCUAUCGCGGUGCUCAGCGCGAUGAAGAUGGAAAUGGUGAUUUCGGCACCACACUCGGGCAAGAUUGGCUCGCUGGGGGUCAAGGAGGGCGACUCGGUGGACGCGCAGGACCUGGUGUGCAAGAUUGUCAAAUGA